AAUCGUAUGAAUACACACCAACAAACCGGGGAACACCUACCAACCGGGGAAUUCCCCGGUUGGUUUUAGGCGAAAAUCUCUAAUCUACGUGAAUGAAAUACCAAACUGUCAAUUUAAGUUAGAAAUCCAACGCCUUCCCCGAUUAGCGGGUUUGUGGCGUGCACAAAAUAUACACAAAUCUUGACCAUAUUACAAUCGAGUGUGUAUCCAGGCUUAUAACAGUUCCCCGGUUGCGCUGUUUAAAAAUCAUACACUCGGUAUUUAUAUCAUUUAGUGAAAGUCAGUUGGAAAAAUGGAGUUUCGAGCGAACAAACGCAUUAAACUAAGGCAACACAAUGACUACUAGAUCUACGGACAGCCAGGAACCAGGACAAACAACAUCCAUACACACGGAAGAAGUCGAUGAGACGAGUACCGAAACUAAAGAACAUAGCGACACUGCACAAGAGUACAAUUCACAAGAUGCAGCAGAAAAUAUGUUGAACUGUGAAUCAUCGGAUAUCGAUGAUAGUGACAAUGACAAAGACUAUAUUCCGGAAGAAGGCGAUGCAUCGUCAGAUGAGUCGAUAGUUGUCGAACUCAUACCAAACAUUCAAAGAUUUCAAAAGAAGACAGCGUCAACACUACCUCCUAUUGAAUCCUUGCAAUCUCGUGAACGUGACGAAUCAUCCGCAGAGGCACACAAAACCAACAUCACCAUCGCUCAAACAAAUAACAGUGAAUACAGACAUUACGAUAAGAGAUUUUAUUGCAUGUUUUGCGAAAAGGCUCAAACAAAACUAAACAAACAUUUGCUUUCGCAGCAUAAAGAUGGGCAAGAUGUGAAAGAUCUAUUAAAUACGGAAAAUUCAGCAGAAAAUAAAAAAAUGUAUGAACAAAUAAGGAACGUUGGGAACCAUCUCCAUAAUGUUAAAGUAUUGCGAGAUGGCCAAGGACAGCUGUUUGUGUCAUACAGACAACGUAACAAUCAACGCGUAGCUGCAGACGAGUAUGGACCUUGUCCUUACUGUUACGGGUAUUACCCGAAGAAAAUCCUGUGGAGGCACACUCAAAAAUGUAAGUUUACAAAUGCGGCGGGAUCAAGAAAACGACUCGCUUUAGAGAGCAGCCUGCUAUUACCAAAAUCAAAAGAAGAAAGCACUAUUUUUAAGACGAGUAAUCGAGUCCAUGAGAAACGACGAAAUAAGUCGCAUAGUCAAAAGUGAUAAUACAAUCCUUGCAUUCGGUGAAAGACUCUGUAUAAAAAGGGGCCAUG